UCCACACAUUAUCACAGAACACUGCAUCUUUUUUUUUCGUACUGUGUAUUGCUGUUGGCCCUACUGGCCUCUAAAGCGUCACCGGGCGGGAGCAUCGUAUUUACCUAUCGAAUUGGAAUAUGUUUUUAUGAAAUUUAGUGCUAACAUAAUAUUAUUGUUUAAAAUGAAUACUCCUUCAAAGUUCCAACUCGGCCUCACCUCAGCUAUAGCACUGGGUUUUGCUGGUAUUACAUACCUCGUUUUAAAGCAGGCUUUAAAAUUGAAAAACCCAUCUCGUACAAUAGAUUAUUUAGUUAUCAAAACUAUAACAUCUGAAGAAUCUUGUGAGGAAAUAGUGCAAGAAUUACGAAGACGCUGUACUCAACAUCAUGCUAUUGGCUUUGAUUGUGAAUGGGUCUCAGAGCAAAGGAUAAGACAUCCUGUUGCUUUGUUACAACUUUCUACUUAUGAUGGAUAUUGUGCUCUAUUUAGACUUAGCCACAUGAAGUCUAUUCCUAAGCCUCUAAAGGAACUCUUAGAAGAUAAAAGUAUAUACAAAGUUGGUGUGGCUCCAGGGGAUGAUGCAAUGUACCUAGCAAUGGACUACUCAGUUUAUAUGAAGAGCACAUUGGAUAUAAGGCAUAUAGUGGAAUUAUGCAGACAUAAUACAGGUGGUCUGGCUUUUUUAGCUAAGAUGUUCCUGGGUGUAGUAUUGGAUAAGAAUAGGAGGAUCCGAUGCAGUAAUUGGGGUGCAGAUGAGCUAACAGAAAGACAAAUAAAAUAUGCAGCCUUGGACGCUCAUGUUGCUAUAAGAAUAUUCGUGAAAGUUGUCAACGACUACCACAAAAGUCCAUAUUUAUUAUUGUGGAAUAGAUAUAAUAAUGACCAUUGGAAUAAAAUACAUCAGAUCUGUUCAAAGUAUUCAGAUAAAUGUUACAGAAAUAAGCAGAUAGUAAAAAAAAAAGCCACAGAAUAUAAAGAAAAAAACACCAAGGCAACUAAGGAAGUAUUCAACAAAAAAUAUUCAAAUUCAACUCGCUCAAAGCCCUUGUAUCAUAACUGUUUCCUUCAAGCACCGGACGGCGAGAUACUCUGUACUUGUGAUAAUAAAAAGGCUGUAUGGUAUGUCGAAAAAGAACUAGCAGAUAUAGUAAGCGAAGAUCCGUUAACGGUGCGCCUGCGCUUCGAGCCCGCGGGACGCUCCGUGGGCGACGUCGGCCGAUACUACCAGCUGACUAAAGAGAACAAAUGUGUUGUUUGCGGGGUUAAAGAUUCGUACAUAAGAAAAAACGUCGUGCCUAGAGAAUAUAGGAAAUAUUUUCCUGAGAUAAUGAAAGAUCAUUCGUCUCACGACGUUGUACUGUUGUGUGUGGAGUGUCAUCAGACAAGCAACAUGCGCGACCAGCCCGUGCGCGAGAGUCUCGCCAGACGCUGCUCCGCGCCGCUCGCUGCGCACGACGCCGGCAAGUUCUUGGAGGACAAGGACAGCAAAAAAAUUCGUUCAGCUGCUCGCGCUUUGCUCUAUCAGUCCAAAAAGCACGUGUUGCCCGAAGCGCGUCGUAAGGAGUUGGAGUCUAUCAUACUGCAGUACUAUAUUCAACAUGACGAGAUCACACAGGAUCUGCUACAAGAAGCGGCUCUAUUACAAGUAACGAAGCUAUGGAAGAAUUAGAUGAAAGACAUUACAUCAUAUCAUAUCCACGACCUGCGCAAGUACAUAUAAUAUGCAAGCGGGAAGAUUCUCUUAGACUAAACGGAAUUUUUUUGGCUAUUAUUCCUGUGGACUGUAAUUUACACGCAGGACGAUUUAUAAUUAGCAACACCGAAAACAAAAUUGCAGGCCAGGUCUCUUAAAAUUUUGGAUAUAAACUUCAAAAACAUACCACAGCGAAAAAGUGCAGACUACAUUAGCUUGAAAUCUAUUGAUCUUAGAAACCUGCAUUCUAUUCAGAACAAAGUCAUGUUGCAACCGAAAUUAUAGUUGGAACGUAUUCCCUCAACAUUUUAUCAUACGACGAUACCAUUUUAUAUCACCUUAUUGAGUAUACUUGCAUUUACUAUUGCUAUUUUAUUACGACGAUACAACAAUCUUUGCUGCAAGUAUAAAGCUAAUAAUGUGAUUGAAAUGAAGCCAAAUACUGAGAUAAAAUGUCAAGAACGGUUUCCAGCAUCAUUUUAUCACGCAGUUCUCAAAUAGUUGCUGAUUUUGGGGUGGAGGAGUUACAUAGCAUAGUUUGUAGUAUAGUGCAAGCAUAACGAUACACGGAUGACAUAAGGCGCAGCGUCAGCAAUUGCGUCACCCGGCAAUAGGACACCUUUCACCAGUUUUUCACAGU